AGUACCUGCCACCACCUGGCAGAGGCUCCAGGACUGAAGGGGGAGAAACUCAAAGAAGCAGUGUAGAAUCAGUGUUCACCUACAUGCAAGCAGGAGCCCAGCUUCUCUGCACAGUGUUGCUGAUCAAACCUGGUGCCUGGACACGUAACCUUGCCAGAAUCCUUCGAAAGCUAGAUUUAGAAAAAUUCAGCUUUGUUGGGAUGAAGAAUGUGACCCUGAAACCAGACAUCAUCGUAGGACUUCUCUCACCUGAAGCUAAGCAGGAUCCAGCAAUCUUGGAAGCUUUUUGCAACUACCUCACCUCAGGCUCCUCCCUUGUGUUGUGCCUUCAGAGACAGAAUGCUGUGAAGAAGCUACUUGACUUACUGGGGCCAGAGGAUCCUCACCUGGCCAGAGCACAAAAUCCAUUCCUUUGGAGGGCUCAGUAUGGCACCAGCUUAAUCCAAAAUGGAUUUUACGGGUCUGUAUCCUACCAAAUGGCUAUUCAGGAUAUGAAAUUGUUUUUUCCAGAAGGCCUGUGUUGUGCUAAGUGCCAGGUAUUAGAAGAAGACGAGAUCUGGAACAUUAAAUGUGACCCAAUACUCGCUCUGGAAAUCAACAAGCAGCGCAAAAUUGUAAAAUGUGAAGUGAGAAGGCAACUCAAUUUAUUGGGCUCUGAGCAGCUGCCCAGGUUAGACCUGCCACUUCUAGGUACACUCUGCCAAACCACUUGCCUGAUAUUUCCCAAGAUAAUCCUUCAGGGUUCGGAGCACCCACCUUAUAUUGAACUACUAGACCAGCUGAUCGGCCAAGGUUUCACAGUGACAGGGUUACGACUCACCGUGUUCAACAAAUCCCAGGCUCAUCUUGUCUCUGAGAUACUGAGCAUGACAAAGUGCAAGGUUUCAGCAAUGUGCUCUGUCUUAAUGGAUGGUCCAUGCCUGGUGUUAGCAGCACAGCGAGACAAUGCUGUUAUUUGUUUUGACUUCCUGCUGGACAGUGUUUGCUGGCAGAACCAGGCUGUAGUGGAUUGUAUGAAGCAUCUUCUGUAUCCCCAAACUGAGAAGCAGGCUGAAAAGCUGCUAAGCUGCCUUUUUGACUCCUUGACAUCUGACAGCAUCCACCGGAUUGAGACCUAACUGGAAUUUAAUCUGCCUGAGCAGCAAACCUGCAGAGAGCCCAGGGUGGGUAGCAGUGAAGAAGCCUAGAUAUUUAGUGGGUUAAACAGCUUUGUCAUCUGUUUGUUAUUAAAAUGUU